UGAACUUUAGGACCAGAAAAGGUAAUAGGCGCCUACUAUUAUGGGCAUAUACAAAAUACCUUUUUUAUUUUCCCACCAGACACAUUAGAUACUCACACACAUUCGUUUAUUCCCACGUUGGUGUUUUCCCACACGCACUUUACUUGUUCAUCAUCAUUUGUCAUUGUCGAUGGGCAUGCAUCAGCAACGAUAGCAGUUUUUUUUUUCUUGUCUCUACGCGUUUUAGCGAGUAAAACACACACACGAGUUGUAUAGUACACGAGAACUCUGGUACAAGCAUGAGCAGCAUCGGUCCCACGUAUGAAAGUCAAGUGCAUCCCGACCUUGCGCACCAACAUUUGCAAGCGCAACAGCAACAGGACCCAUCACAGGCACACGCUCAAUUGCACCGCCAACCCGAUCUUUCAGGCUCUCUACAGAAUCCGCUGAAACGCGGUGCCUCGGCGGCCUCCUUGUCAGAGGACCCAGAGGAUAAUAACGACGACGAUGGCUCGGAUGAGGACGGAAAGCCUGGGAAAAAGUCGGGGCGUCGCAAGAUCAAGAUUGAAUACAUUGACGACAAGUCCCGCAGACACAUUACAUUUAGCAAACGCAAGGCUGGUAUCAUGAAAAAGGCGUAUGAGCUGUCCACGCUCACGGGCACGCAGGUGCUGCUCUUGGUAGCCUCGGAAACCGGUCACGUUUACACUUUUGCGACCCCAAAGCUGCAACCGCUCAUUACAAAACCUGAAGGGAAAAACUUGAUUCAAGCGUGUCUCAACGCUCCUGACCCAAAUGCUCAGCAGCAGCAGCAGCAGCAACAGCAACAGGUUGUCUACGCCCCAUCCUAUGCACCUCACCCGUACUCGCCCAUGCCUGAUGGCUCCGGCAACCGCCUUCAAGGUGCCUAUGAAGUCCCACAGCAAAAUGGCGAGUCGGCGGAAAUGUAUCAGGACAAGCAGGCCCAAGUGGCCAAUGCCGCCAACCUUCAACAGUACGCCAUGCAAUCGAAUGUGGGCGCAUUGCAAGGCUACCCAGCUGGUUAUGCUGUUCCCAUGGGUUCUGGAGUCGGCAACAGUGGUGGACCCAUUGGCCCAUAUGUGUACUCUUACCCACAACUUUCCGGAAAUCCGCAAGGGUACGGCGGCAUGGUCGGUACCGCUGCGCAGCAACAGCAGCAACUUCAACAACAGCAACAACAACAGGCACAAGCACAAGCACAGCAGCAGCAACAAUCACACCAGCAACAACAACACCAACAACAUCAUGCACAAUCACACCAUCCCCAACCCCACCCAUCACAACAAUCCCAACAGUCGUCCCAGACACAGCCACAGCCAUCCGGGUCAACGCAGCAGCAGCAACAACAGCAACAUCACCAACCGCAACAGCAGACCUUUUCAAACCAACCGUCUGGGCAAAACUCUACACAAUCGGCUGGCAACGGCCAGGAAAAAGAGUAACACUCGAGUUUAGCGCUGUUUGCGGCGAUCCGAGGAGGGCAAGACACUUGAGGGUUUCCGUGUAUAGGCAAAGGAUAUCGACCGACAGCAAGUCUAACACGGAAGAGACCGAAGGGAGCAGUCAGCUCCGUUGUGGUGUGCAAUGGGUGCAAACGUUGAAGCACUAUAGUAUAAAUUAGGAUGUUAUAGCUGACGAAGACCAAUUUUUUGAUUUUGUUUUUUUUUUUAUGAAAUAGUUUGAUUUGGCAACGAAAUCUUUCUUGUCCGCUUGGGGUACUUAAUGUCUCCCAUGAGGUACAUUCUGUUGAGUGCACAAGCGUAAAGUGCUGUGACCGUU